AAAAGGAAAUACAGGGAGCCACUAUAGUUAAGGACUAAUAGUGGAAGGAUGGAAGUGGUGCCGUGAUAAGCAUGUUAGUUCUUACAAGUCUCAAUUCUCUUUUUGAUGUUUAUCUCCCUUCAUUGUUUUUAAUGUUUUGCAAGGAAAUUAAUUUAUUGACAAAACAUAUUAUUUAAUUUUGAUAUGAUAUUAGCCUUUGAAAAAAUGGAGCUGAUUUUUUUUGAAUGAAAAGUGACUCAAACAUUACUAAGAAUUACAAAUGUUCCUUAGAGACAUUAUACUUCUUCCUUCCCCCUCCUCCUUAUAUAACCAGGGCGGAGGAUGCUUAAAGCGGCACAAAAAAUCAGGUGUAGAUGGUUGCUAUCGAUGGCAGAGGUGCAUUACCCACCUUCUCUUCUACAUUCAGUCUUCGCAGCACUUCUCUCUCCUGCUCCAGAACUUGUUCCACUUUCAGUCUCUGCCCCAAUUUCAGUCUUCCGCUCCACUUGUGAACCUUGUUGCUGAGGUAAUUUGAAGAACCAUUAGAAAUUUUAAAAAUAAAAAUGAACAGCCAGAUUAUGUUGAAAUGGACGGUUAUGACUCCUUCAUUUUUAGCAAAACGGUGUGCAUAAGAGAUGAGCAUGUGGCGCUCGUCUAUCUAAUGAGCAUGGAAUGCAUAUUCUCAUUUUCACUCCCACCUCUGUCAAAAACUCAAGAAUGCUUCUUCGAAGGACAAUUCUCUCCUUCAACAAUCCUCUUCUUGGUCACCACCUUCGCUCCCUAGCUACUGCCUUGUGGGAACCCCACCUUGCCAAUCCUAUCACACCGGUGAACCCUCAACAGCUCCUCCGAGUGUGCACCAUUCUCUACCAGCAGCAGAACUUGCCGGAGCCCAGACUCCACUCUAAGCUCCAAUCCUCCGAAUUUGAUCUCACUCAUGAGUUUUUCAUUCAGGUAUGCAACAACUUCCCAUAUUCAUGGCGACCUGUGUACCGCUUCUUCCAGUACACCCAAUUAAACCCAUCAUUCAAUCACACCUCCGUCUCCUUUAACAAGAUGCUUGACGUAGUUGGAAAAUCGAGGAACAUUGAGCUUUUUUGGGAUCUUCUGCAAGAGAUGGGACGACGUCAUUUGGUUAAUGACAAGACUUUUCAGAUUGCAUUGAUGGUUUUAGGUGCUGCUAGAGAGUUGCAGAAGUGUGUGGAGCUCUUCCACUUGAUGAAUUCCAAUAACUAUGCAUACAAUAUAGGGACUUUGAACAAGGUGGUUGAGACUAUGUGUGGAGGCAAGCUAGUUGUUGAAGCUAGAUUUGUUGUUUUCAAGUUAAAAGAAUGGAUUAAACCCAAUGGGGAUACUUACAAGCAUUUGAUUAGGGGAUUCUGUGAUGGGGGUGAUGUCAUUGAAGCCUCAAAAAUCUGGAAUUUGAUGGUGGAUGAAGAGUUCAAGCCUGACAUGGAAGUGGUUGAGAAAAUUAUGGACACCUUUUUCAAGAAGAAUUGGUAUGACGAGGCUAUGAAGCUCUUCCACACAAUGAGGGUGAAGAGGAUAGAUGAACUUGGUCUCUCAACUUACAAGCUUGUGAUCAAGUGGAUGUGUAAGAAGGGAAUGAUCACUCAAGCACAGGUUGUGUUUGAAGAAAUGCGCAAAAGGGGCAUUCAUGCUGAUAACUCAACAAUGGGAUUUCUCACAUAUGGGCUUCUAGCAAGAGGGAGAGCUAGAGAGGCUUAUAAGAUUGUGGAAGGGAUUGAUGAACCAGAUAUAAGUGUCUACCAUGGAUUGAUGAAAGGUCUUUUGAGGUUGAGAAGGGCAAGUGAAGCAACUCAGGUGUUUAGGGAGAUGAUCAGAAGAGGUUGUGAACCAACUAUGCAUACAUAUAUAAUGCUGUUGCAGGGGCAUUUGGGGAAGAGAGGAAGGAAAGGGUCAGAUCCGCUUGUCAAUUUCGACACCAUUUUUGUGGGUGGUUUAGUGAAAGCGGGCAAGUCAUUGGAAGCCACAAAGUAUGUGGAGAGGAUGACGAACAGGGGGCUUGAGGUGCCCAGGUUUGAUUAUAAUAAAUUUUUGCAUUACUAUUCCAAUGAGGAAGGUGUGAUAAUGUUUGAGGAGGUUGGGAAAAAGUUUAGAGAGGUAGGGUUAGUUGACUUGGCAGAUAUAUUUGAGAGAUAUGGGCAGAAGAUGGCUACUAGAGAUAGAAGAAGAAACAGAGCUCCGUUGCAUCAUUGAAGGCUGUAAUGAGUAAUGACUGCAAUUGUCUGAAAGAAGAGAAGAUAAUGCAUCUUUAUGUGAGAAUACAUCGUGUAUCAAUACUUUAUAUUCAUGAAUUUCUCCUUUUUCUUUGACAUGUAUACUUAAAAGUUCAUUGUAGAUACAUGAACUUGUGUGAAUGGAGAUUUGUAGCAGAGACAAAUGGAAAGAUGAGAGGGAGACGUUUUACUCAUUAUUAUUUGAGCAAAGACUUAAA